AUGACGGAAAGAGCAAGAGAAGUAGUCGAUGUACUGCAUAGAAGGCAUAUACAUGUGUGCUGCAUACAGGACACUAGAUGGAAAGGAAAUGGGACAAGAAUGAUUUGCAAAACUAGUGAAAAGUAUAAAUUCUUUUGGCAAGGAAGUAAUGAUGGUAAAACUGGAGUUGGGGUAUUGGUUGCGGAGAAAUUGGUAGACAAAGUAGUCGAAGUGAGAAGGCUAGAUAACCAGCUAAUAGUUAUCAAGAUGAUUUUUGGUAGAAAGCUAUAUAAUAUUAUCUCGGCAUAUGUUCCUCAGGUUGGAAGAAGUGAAGAAGUGAAAGAUAUAUUUUGGGACAGUCUAUUGGGGGUGACAUCGAGACUGGCAAAUGAAGAGGGGAUUAUCCUGGCUGGUGAUCUGAAUGGACAUGUGGGAGCGAGUAGUGAGGGUUAUGAAGGAGUACAUGGAGGGUUCAGUUAUGGCAUGAGAAAUUUGGAAGGAGAGAGGAUUUUAGUGAUGCUAUGGAUAUGA